AUGGAACUGAUAAUUUUCCUAGCCGUCCUGGCGGCCGCAGGGAUACUUGGAAUGGUAGCUGCUGGUUGGGUAGUAUACCGUUCAAAGGUUGACGGUAAGCGGGUUGAAAACGCAAGAGAAGAGGCCAAUACGGUAAUGUCCCAAGCGGAGGAUGAGAGGCGGAGGAUCCUCCUGGAAGCCCAGGAAGAAGUUCUGAAGCUAAGAACCACUGGCGAGAAUGAGAUAAAGGAGCAAAGGCAAGAGCUUAAUCGUCUGGAACGUCGGUAUCUGCAGCGAGAAGAACAACUUGAAAAGAAGGGCGAGUCGCUGGAAAAUCAGCGAGUCGCCAUCACGGUUAAACAGACCGAAAUAGAAAAGGCUCUGGAUGAAGUAACUGAACUCAAGGAGCAACAAGUUAGGGCCCUGGAAGAGGCCGCAGGUUUAACCGUUGACGAAGCCAAGGACCUGGUGGUGAAAGAAGGCGAAGAAAAGGCCAAGCAUGAGCUGGCCCGCCGCGCUUACGACCUAGAACGUGAGCACAAAGCUACCGCCGAGGAAAACGCCCGCCGAAUUAUUACUUUAGCCAUUAACCGUCUGGCUACUGAUGUCGUUUCUGAAACCACGACUUCUAUAGUAUCCUUGCCAAAUGAUGAGAUGAAGGGACGUCUCAUCGGCCGUGAAGGACGGAAUAUUCGAGCACUUGAAUCCCUCACCGGGGUGGACAUAGUAAUUGACGACACUCCGGAAAUUGUAACGUUGUCCUGUUUUGACCCCGUGCGCCGUGAAGUGGCGCGGUUAGCCUUGGAAAGGCUGGUUAGCGACGGCAGAAUUCAGCCCGCCCGAAUAGAGGACAUGGUUAACCGGGCGCAGGUUGACAUAGAACAGACUAUCUGGAAGGCUGGAGAACAGUCGACUUUUGACGUCGGACUUAGCGGAAUAGAUCCAGAGUUGAUCCGAUUGCUCGGUCAGCUUAAAUACCGCUACAGCUAUGGUGAAAACGUCCUAAAGCACUCUAUUGAGGUGUGUCUGUUGUCCGGCAUGCUUGCCGCCGAAAUUGGUGCAAAUAUUCAGGUAGCGAAAAUCGGAGGCCUCCUUCACGACGUCGGUAAGGCGUUGACCCAUGAGGUGUCGGGCCCCCACGCCGAAAUUGGAGCGGAACUGGCACAAAAGUUUGGAGUUAACAAUAACUCUUACCUUUCCAUACUGGAGCACCACGACGACGAACAUUCCACUAUUGAGUCUUUCGUGGUAGCCAGCGCAGAUGCCAUUAGCGCUGCCCGCCCGGGCGCCCGCAAGGAGUCGCUAGACCAAUAUGUAAAGCGGCUGCGAGACCUGGAGGACACGGCCAUCGGUUUUGGUGGGGUGGAACGAGCCUUCGCAAUCCAGGCCGGACGCGAAGUCCGUGUAAUGGUAAAGCCUACAGACAUAGAUGACAUUGGGUCUGCAGCCUUGGCCAGGGAUAUUGCCCGUAAAGUGGAGGAAGACCUGGUUUUCCCGGGUCAGAUCAAGGUUACAGUCAUUCGGGAAACCAGGAACGUGGAAAUAGCGCGCUAA